AUGGCAAAUCGUACAGUUCCAGAUGCGAUCGCUAUACAUGGAACAAAUCCACAAUAUUUAAUAGAAAAAAUUAUAAGGACUAGGAUAUACGAAUCUCUUUAUUGGAAAGAAUAUUGUUUUGGAUUGACAGCUGAAACUUUAAUAGAUCGAGCUAUUGACUUACAAUCAAUUGGUGGACAAUAUGGUAACCAAAAGCCUACUGAAUUUCUUUGCUUGACAUUAAAAUUACUUCAACUACAACCAAGUAAAGAGAUCAUCAUAGAAUUUAUUAAAGAUGAAAAUUACAAAUAUUUGAGGGCAUUAGGUGCAUUUUACCUAAGGCUUGUUGGAACCUCUUUAGAAAUUUAUCAAUACCUUGAACCAUUAUUGAAUGACUAUCGUAAAUUAAGGAAAAGAACAAUAGAUGGUGGGUUUAUAAUUGUACAUAUGGAUGAAUUUAUCGAUGAAUUGUUACGUGAAGAUCGUGUAUGCGAUAUAAUAUUACCUAGAAUAAUCAAACGACAUGUAUUAGAAGAAAAUGAAGAUUUAAAGCCGCGUGAAAAUGGAAAUAGAAACCGUGAUGCUACCACUUUUUUCACUGAAGACAAAGAAGACGAUGAGAAUAGAAAAUAUACUACCACUUUAUUCAAAGACGAAGAGGAUAACGAGAAUAAAACAGAUGCUACCACAGACGAAGAGGAUAAAAAUGAUAAAAAUCCAGCUAGUAAUCCUCAAAUAAAAAAUUGUGCAGAAUUUAGAAGUGAGAAUAAAGCUGAAUUAGCAAGACAGAAACAAACUGAUGGCUUGGCUUGCCAUCUCGAGGGAAAAAGAGACAAUAUGAUUGAGGUACAUGAACAAAUAGUUAAACACAAGAAAAACUCGACUAAAAAAGAAGCAGAACAUAUACUGGCAGAUGUUUUCAAUAUUAAACAUUUAUUUUUCCAACCUUGUGACUACGAGUUGAUUGUAAUUUUGCACAUACAUUUAAUCAAUCCAAUUAUCUUUGGAAAGGAAAAGACCAAGUAUGUUGAUGAAGAAGAGGUUGGUCCAGAGCUAAGGGAGCAUAGAAGGCAAUUCUUGUUAAAUAAAAGUUUUAAAAGUUUUGCCAAUAAAAUUGCAGAGUCCAGCAAUGAAAAAGUACAUGCGGAUGUUCCUUUUAGAGAUAUUGGAUUCUUCGGUUUUCCAUUUAAAACCAAUGUAUUGUUACAACCGACAACUGAUUGUCUUGUUAGAACUAUAAAAUCAACAUUGAACAAUUCCUUAUAG